AUGCUUCAGCUAAAGGACCAACUUCAUAACUUCCUCCGAUGCAGGGUCGGAGAUGGUAGCACAGCCUUGUUCUGGCAUGAUUACUGGACUGAGUUGGGUCCUUUACUUCAACCUUACGGAGCCACGGGUCCCCGUUCUUUAAGGAUACCGCUUAACGCCACCGUCUCUCAAGUAGUCAACAAUGGUCAUUGGCAUCUACCGACAGCCCGUUCUGAACUCGACGUAACGCUUCAGAUCAUCCUCUCUACAACGACAGUCCCGUCUACAGCUCACGGUGAUGAUGUAUAUUUGUGGAGGAAAGGCUCUGGGGGUUUUGGCCCGUCAUUCUCCUCUAGGGUGACUUGGGAAGGAAUACGAAUUCCUAGUCCUCUGGUUCAAUGGUAUUCAGUUGUUUGGUUCAAAGAGGAAAUUCCUCGUUGUUCCUUCAUCUCUUGGACGGCUUUCCUAGGUAGACUACCAACUCGUGAUCGUUUGAUCUCUUGGGGUCUAUCUGUUUCUCCAGGUUGUGCUUUAUGUUCUUUACCUGAUGAGUCUAUAGAACAUUUGUUUUUUCAUUGUCCAUUUGCGGUUGCUACUUGGUCUCGUUUCUGUGGCAGGUACUUGGCGUCUUCUCCUGCCUCACUUGCUGAAGUUGUUCUCCUCUGCCAGCAGCUCCCUGGACCUCAUGCCUCACGGGCAGUGACUGUGCUCAAGCUUCUCAACCAAGUGAUCAUCUACAACCUUUGGCGCGAAAGGAAUGCUCGCAUCUUCACCAGCGUGUCAUCAUCUGAAGAGGCGUUCUUUCGAGUAGUGGACCGUGCCAUGAGAGAUAGACUGAUGUCAUUAUCUCGGCCUUCAUCCUCAGCUCCUCAUCCUUUUUUGUUGGAGUUGUAUUUUUGGUUCCUUUCCCCUUAUAGUUAA